UUGACUCGUGAAUGCCACAUUUCAUGUUGUCUCUGGAUUGUUGUCGACGUGUAAAAGGAAUAAUUCAGAUCUAUAUGCUAUGACACGCUUGAUAAAUGCUUAGGUGGACCCUUGCUUAUAAUGGGAAUAGGGAUCAAUGGCUGUGCACCCGUGUUGUUGAAUGUGUGAAAUAUAUGAAAAUGGGCAUAUCAGGUCUUGUAUUAUUUUCUUUGUUUUUACUUUUGCAAAAAUACAAAUAUAGAGUCAGGUAAGCUAAACAUGACAUCCCUUAAACAGUGCUGUAGUCUUCAUCUUAUCUAACUGAUUAAAUCCCCAGUUCUUCCAGUCACAGUCAUUCAAGAUCUGAUGAGUCAAGAGGCGGAGGAGGAGGAAGAAAUUGUCACUCUGCACUGUGAGCUUUCUAAACCCGGCCUCCCUGUUGAGUGGAAGAAGGAAACUCAGGUGCUGAGUUGUGGAGAGAAGUACCUAAUGAAACAAACAGGAUGUUGUUAUGAGCUACAGAUCUUCGACUUGAGACUUGAAGAUACAGGAAGCUACUCGUGCUGUUCAGACGACACGAUAAGCUCGGCCUCUCUUGUAGUAAAUGCAGAUACAAAUCUAGUUGUUUCCUUUCAUUCAUCAGCUUCCCCAGUCAUUUUCACAAAAGAUCUUGAAAGCCAAACGGCCGAUGAGGAGGACAGUGUGACCCUGCACUGUGAGCUUUCCAAACCUGGUGUUCCUUUGGAGUGGAGGAAAGGAGAACUUGGUCUUUGUCCUUGCGCCAAGUAUGAAAUCAGACAAACGGGUCACCUUGCAUCACUUGUAAUCCAUGAUGUAGACCCAGAGGAUGCUGGGAGUUACACAUGUGACACUGGUGCCCAUCAAAGCACUGCCCAACUAGCUGUGAAGGGUAUGCCUGCUGAAUAAACCCUGUUGUUUGUAGUUAAGAUAAUUGAGUUGCCAAUGAAUUGACCAAAGACAAAAUAAUGUAAUGUAAAUAUCAAACAUAAGUCUUGGUUGUCCUAAGUUGUUCCUCCUCCA